CUUAUAUACUCUUUGGUUUGCUUAACCUGUUUAGAAACAAAGCUAUUAAAAAAAUUACUCUUUGGUUCAAUUCAAACGUUAGUGAUUCUGUACCUACACUUCGGUUUUCUCUACGUAACUCAGGCGGAAACUACUGUGCUGCACUUGCGUCUGGCACAAUUGAAAGCCAUCAAUCCCAUCAAUCAAUCAAUCACUUUGGUUUCAUUUAUAAUUUAGCGUUACAAAACAAAAUGUCGAGUACAUCUCAGAAACAUCGCAACUUUGUUGCUGAACCCAUGGGGGAGAAGCCAGUCACUGAUUUAGCAGGUGUUGGUGAAGUUCUUGGAAAGCGUCUUGAAACUGCAGGUUUCGAUAAGGCAUAUGUUGUGCUGGGACAGUUUUUAGUCCUCAAGAAAGACAAAGAACUUUUUCAAGAAUGGAUGAAAGAAACAUGCAGUGCCAAUUCCAAACAAUCAGCAGAUUGUUAUCAAUGUCUAAAGGACUGGUGUGAUGAAUUUUUGUAAACAAUACUACAAUAAGAGUUUUAUCAAGAUAAUUUUAUAACAUAUAUGUAUACAAUAUUA